AUGUCCCUUCUUCAUUUUCUAGGGUCUAUCCAUAGACCAGCAUUCUACCAUGUCGAGAACUACCCAGGAACCCCAUCAACGUUGAGCCUAUGGCAUUGUCCCUUCCAGAAGAAACCUCCUUGCGGAAAAGCGCUCUUCUAUAUGAGAUUAGCAAGUGGGCAGAAAGGAUUACAGAAAGAUAACUGUUUGUUGUCUUCGCCAUGCGCUGCCAUAACCAACCACUCGAACUUUGCUUCUGGGUCAGGCACGGAGCGCCUCCGAAAAGCCAGUGAUUGGCCUGAAAACAAGACUUCAAGCGUCCGAACGCGAAUGGUUAGACUACCUAACUCCCUCCCUAUUGGUCCAAUUUCUUUCAACGGUCUUAGCAUAUACUUUUGGCGCAUAACAACAUUUUUCAUGUACGUCUUGUCAUGCAUGCAACAGAGACACCUAAGUGGCGCAAGGGUCCUUUUGGGUCUCGCACACUUUGCAAUGUGUGUGGGUUGA